GGAUUUUCCCUGAGGAGAAGCGGUCGAGGCCAUGGCGGCGGCUGAUGGUGGUCGGGAGCUGAGCGGCCUGCGGGGCAGGGCGGAGGACGGGCUCCUCAACCGCUUCGUGCAGCUGCCGGGGAGGCCGCACAUGGCGGGCCAGAGAUCUCCACCAGCGAGAAGCGGCCAUCGCUGCGUGGCAGAUAAUGCCAAUUUGUAUGUGUUUGGAGGCUACAAUCCUGACUACGAUGAGUCUGGUGGGCCAGAGAACGAAGACUACCCACUGUUCAGGGAGCUCUGGCGGUACAACUUUGCUACAGACACGUGGCACCAAAUGGGCACUGAGGGCUACAUGCCCAGGGAGCUGGCCUCCAUGUCACUUGUAUUGCAUGGCAACAACCUGCUCGUGUUUGGGGGCACUGGAAUCCCAUUUGGGGAAAGUAAUGGCAACGAUGUCCACGUCUGCAAUGUCAAGUACAAAAGAUGGGCCCUGCUCAGCUGCAGAGGAAAGAAACCCAAUCGGAUCUAUGGCCAGGCCAUGGCCAUCAUCAAUGGGUCUCUGUAUGUGUUUGGUGGAACAACUGGUUACAUUUACAGCACCGACCUGCAUAAACUAGACCUCAACACCAGAGAGUGGAUCCAACUGAAACCAAACAACAUGUCCUGCGACAUGCCAGAGGAGAGGUACAGGCAUGAAAUUGCACACGAUGGUCAAAGGAUUUAUAUCCUGGGAGGUGGAACUUCCUGGACAGCUUAUUCCCUAGAUAAGAUCCAUGCUUACAACCUUGAAACCAACACCUGGGAGGAAAUUGCCACAAAACCUCAUGAAAAAGUUGGCUUCCCAGCAGCUAGAAGAUGCCAUAGCUGUGUUCAGAUCAAAAAUGAUGUGUUUGUUUGUGGAGGCUACAAUGGAGAAGUGAUUCUGGGAGAUGUUUGGAAGCUGAAUCUGCAGACUUUCCAGUGGGUCAAGCUCCCAGCUGCCAUGCCUGAACCAGUGUAUUUUCACUGUGCUGCUGUCACACCGGCUGGCUGUAUGUACGUUCACGGAGGAGUGGUCAACAUCCAUGAAAACAAACGGACUGGCUCGCUGUUUAAAAUGUGGUUGGUGGUACCCAGCCUGCUGGAACUGUCGUGGGAGAAGCUCCUGGAGUAUUUCCCUCACCUAGCAACCCUCUCCAGAUCUCAGCUUUUGCACCUCGGACUGACGCAGGGACUCGUCGAGCGGCUAAAAUGAGAACCCCUGCUUGUGCCCCAGUCACACUACGUCCAGCAGCCCCUCCUCCCUCCCCUAUUUAUGGAUACUGUGGUUGGUCUUGCUAAGAACACAGAGGAACCUGCUCAACGCCUUACUCAGCAACUGCAUCGAUGCCUUUCUAGAAGUUUUUAAUUUGUUGGAAAUCCACUUUUUAUUUAUGGAGCUCUGAAUGGGACUAACCCAUGCCAUCUAUCCAUUAUCAGCACAUGCUUGCAACUUAACUGGGGGGAGGGAGGACAGUGCUUAAUGAAUGUCUGAGAUCCAUGCUUACCUGUGGUGCAUUUGACUUCGUACUUUCACAAGCUGCAUCUAACAAAGGACAGCCAACAUGGAAAAAUGCCUGCUGGGGGUGAUGCUCACGCCCCUGCUGCCCAGCCAAGCUCUCCCUCUCUAAAAACAGUGAACUCUUGCAGCUGGAGGGCUUUAGUGGGUUAUGUGGGCUUCAAAGUAUGGCCACAGUGCUGGAGGAGGCAGUGAGCAAAGCUCAUGCUGCACAGCUGCUGUGGUGCAGUGAUUUGAAGCAGCCACAGCUGUGCUCUUCGCCUUUUCACAGGGAAAGGUUUGCUUAAAGACUGCUUAAAAGCUGCCACUGAAUGGACUACUGUGUAGUUUAGUGGAGGUGGUGAGAAAGGAGUCUGCUGAACUCACCAACAGCUUAUGCCCUUGCUGGAAGGAGGGUGAAUUAGGCACUUUUCAGCACUGAAAUCCAUAUGCUGAUUUCUCCCUUCCCUGCCCUCAAGAACAUUUCCUUACCCUCUUAAAACCCCCCUCUUUGACUCAGUGCUGCACAGUGAGCACAAGGUCACAAAGAAUGUUCUGCUGCUUUUCCUAAAGAUGCAACUUUUCCUAAAAUACAAUUAUACAAUUGAAGCACUGACCUCACAAAGCAUACAUCUCCCUUCUGGGGACUGAUGGAGCUUGUGGGGCAGUUAAGUCCCUCUCUGCAGCACCAUACUUCCAAGCAAGAUAACUAGAGUGUUACUGCCAGAGCACACCCACCUCCUUAAGGGAGAAGGAGAGGAUCCAGUGUCUCCACCAGAUAUCAUGGAGGGGAACGUAGAGCUUCCUGGUGUGUUUGAGGCCAGCGCACACAAUGCAUGCAGAGAGCAUCACUCCCCAUCCAGCUGCUCACACUGGAGGACGUCCCCAUGGAGCAACACCUGCAUGGGGCUGUGGGGAAGGAGCUGCAUUGCCUGUAUUUAUGUGUCUGUCAGUGUUGAGCUUUGUUUUUUUUUUUUUUGUCUUUUUUUUUUUGUUUGUUUUUUUGUUUUUUUCCCUCCCCCCCUUGCAAAAAGAUAAUAAACCCAUCCAGGUCA